AACAAUGCCAACCAAUCGGGAUUUCUCUGUUGUUUUCAUAACUUCGUGCGGUUUUUGCAACACAGCCAGGCCACCUAGCUGCCCAUCUCUCGCAAUAUAAGAGUCCCAUAUUUAUUGAACGAGGAUAUGGAUUGACCAGUCGAGUUUCCCAUAAAAAAUGGUCCGGUAAUUAAUUUCAUCCAUCUUUCACACUGCUUCUAUAUAUACGACGUGCCGGAACGGCAACCAGUUCGACCGCGCGCGCGUCCCACCUUCCUACGCACCGUCGACCGAUAGGUCCUCGGCUCCGGUCGUGCCGACGUCGAACGUUAGGCAUGGCCUCCGACGGCGAUGGCGUCGACGGCGGAGGAGGAGGAGGCUUCUGCAACGGCGACUUCAUGGAGCUGCGGCCGGAGAAGGGCGGGGUGCGCGACCUCGUCCACCUCCUGUGGUCGCCCAACGUCGCGGAGAACGGCGCCGUGGACUGCCCCGCGGGCACGGAGAUCGGGUCGGCGCGGCGGCGGUGGGCCGUGUUCGUGUCGCUGGUGGCGCAGAUGCUGCUGCUGUGGGCCAAGCGGCCCGUGGCGCUGCUGGGGCGGGCGGCCGAGUACUGGAUGAACCUCCUCAACGAGAACGGCGGCGGCGUCCUCCCGCUCCUCGCCAACGCCCUGCAUGGGAAGGUGAAAAUGCCUGACAGAGCGUCCCUGAACUACCGAUCCUGCAUCGGGCUGCUCGACACGAGGGUCGAGCUCGACAAGAAGAUCAAACCCGGGGACAGCAACUACCACGCCGCCCUGUCGAUCAUGGCGGCGAAGCUGUCCUACGAGAACGAGCUCGUCAUCAGCAGCGUCGUCCAGAACCACUGGCACAUGGAGUUCCUGGGCUUCUACAACUGCUGGAACGACUUCGAGGGGGACUACACGACGCAGGCGUUCAUGCUGGCGGACGCGCCAGCGCCGGACGCGACGCUGGCGGUGGUGGCCUUCUGCGGGACCAAGCCGUUCGACACGGAGCAGUGGUGCACGGACGUGGACUUCUCCUGGUACGAGCUCCCGGGCGCGGGCGCCGGCUGCCGCGUCCACGGCGGCUUCAUGAAGGCGCUGGGCCUGCAGCGGCGCGGCGGCGGCUGGCCGAGGGACGUCGCCGACCCCACGGGCGCCGGCGACGGCAGGCCGUUCGCGUAUUACGCCAUCCGCGAGAGGCUCAGGGCGUUCCUGGACGGCAGCCCGGGCGCCCGGUUCGCGGUGGCCGGGCACAGCCUGGGCGGCGCGCUGGCCGUGCUGUUCCCGACGGUGCUGGCGCUGCACGGGGAGGAGGCCGUGCUGGGGAGGCUGCAGGGCGUGUACACGUUCGGGCAGCCCCGCGUGGGCGACGAGCGGCUCGGGGCGUUCAUGGCGCCGCACCUAGAGAACCCCAGCCGGUACUUCAGGUUCGUCUACUGCAACGACAUCGUGCCCCGUGUGCCCUACGACGACUCCACCCUCCUCUUCAAGCACUUCGGGACCUGCCUCUACUUCGACAGCUUCUACAGAGGACAGGUGACCGCGGAGGAGCCCAAUAAGAACUAUUUCUCGGUGCUGGCGGUGGCGCCCAAGCUGGUGAACGCGUGGUGGGAGCUCGCCCGGAGCUUCCUCAUCGGCUACGCGGAGGGGCCGGAGUACACUGAGGGGUGGUUGAUGCGGCUGGCCAGGGUCGCCGCGCUGGUGAUGCCGGGGCUGCCGCCGCACGCGCCGCAGGACUACGUCAACGCCACCAGGCUCGGGGCGGCGUCGCUCGGGCCGCUGGAGCUAGCCGAGCAGCCAUUGUAACUUUAUUUUUUUAGUACUCCCUCCAUUUGGAAUUGCGAUGGUCAUUAAUUCCGGACGGAGGUUGUAGUUCAGAAUCAGAUUAAACAUCUCUAACUAUGUAUAUAUCUGAAUUGUUCUUGUUC